AUGUCCUCCAACACCACAACCACAAUGACCGCUGCCCAACGUGUACUCUCAAUCCCCGAACUAGUCGCUGAGAUCUUUAGCUGGGCCGCCGAAAACUAUGGCCUCCACCCCUCUCCCUGUCUCUGCCGCCUCGAAGCCGCCGGAGUCACCAUCCACAGAUGUGCACUCGUCAAUAGCCUAUGGUUCCACGAAGCCAUGCGGCUUGUCUGGGAGAUGCCACGGAAACUGAACGCGGGCUCAUUCAGUCAUAUCACGCCAGCUCGCAGACAAUUCUACGCUCACUUUGCGAAAGUUCUCUUCAUCAAGGUGUAUCCGAAACACCGCGGAUGGCUGAGCAGACAGAAGAAGAUUCUGAAGGAUGUCACAUUUCCCCAAGCGAGACUUGCGUACAUGCAGAUUCUAUCUUCUGUGAGGAAUUUCUAUGUCCCGCCCUUCCAUGCUCCUGCGCUUCGGGUCCUUCACCUGCAUGUUCUCGAGGCUAUGGAUUUGUAUUAUCGGUUUUAUCUACCGGUCGACAAGUGCUACAAGCUUGCGCGACGUAUCAAGGUUUGA